CGCUGGGCAUUCAAACAGCUUUCCGACAUCACCAGCCAAGGAUUUUUUUCCCCCCUCUCCUUAGUCGCGGUCCGUCCAUCAGUACCUGCGGGGGGAGGGGGAGGAGGAGGAGGAGGGAGGAAAGCGGAAAGAGGAAAGAGCAUAAGCUUGAGCCUUCCGAUCCGACCACGAAUACUCCUGUAAUAAACCCACCGCCCCAACAAAUCUGCCUUAGCAGCCGCUGCUGCCGCCGGUCACUUCUCGUCUCAGCGCUUUCUUUGCUUCUUGGCUCAUCGGUUUGUUGGGGGUAGAUUUGAUAAAAACAAAUCCUUGCUUUUAAGCCACUUGCAUAUUUUUGUUUCUUUAGAGUCUCUCUACGGGGGGCUCCCCCCUCCCUCGGUUGGAGGUUGGAUUCAGUUGGCUACGGCGUCAGGCUCCGGGGUCCUGGGGGCUUUUUUUCUCCCACCCCUCCCCUCUUUAAUUUUUCUCCCCCAUCUUUUGCUUCUCUUAAGUGUGCAUUUAAAAAAAAUAAAUAAAAUAAAUCCUGAUUUUUGAAGCUGAGCCGGGGAAAAUGGGCAACGGUGAUUGGGACCGAAGGGGAGUCUCUCCGUCACUGUUGCUGGGACGCGUGCCUGUGCUGGUGUCUUAGAGCAAGAGCCUCCCUGAGCUUUCGGAGUGGAAGGCCAAAUGACAUAGGAUGAAGGCUGUUCGUAACCUGCUGAUUUAUAUAUUUUCCACCUAUCUCCUGGUUAUGUUUGGAUUUAAUGCUGCCCAAGACUUCUGGUGUUCAACUUUGGUGAAGGGAGUCAUUUAUGGAUCGUAUUCUGUAAGUGAAAUGUUUCCCAAAAACUUUACAAACUGCACUUGGACGCUGGAAAAUCCAGAUCCAACCAAAUAUAGCAUUUACCUGAAAUUUUCCAAAAAGGACCUUAGCUGCUCUAACUUUUCCCUCUUGGCUUAUCAGUUUGAUCAUUUUUCCCAUGAAAAAAUAAAGGAUCUUUUAAGAAAGAAUCAUUCUAUAAUGCAACUCUGCGAUUCCAAGAAUGCUUUCGUUUUUCUACAAUAUGAUAAAAAUUUUAUUCAGAUACGUCGGGUGUUUCCAACUGAUUUCCCAGGAUUACAGAAAAAAGGGGAAGAAGAUCAGAAAUCUUUUUUUGAGUUUUUGGUAUUGAACAAGGUGAGCCCAAGCCAGUUUGGUUGCCAUGUAUUAUGCACUUGGUUGGAGAGCUGCUUAAAAUCAGAAAAUGGGAGAACAGAAUCAUGUGGGAUCAUGUAUACAAAAUGCACCUGCCCUCAGCAUUUGGGAGAGUGGGGGAUCGACGACCAGUCGCUGGUUUUGUUAAAUAACGUGGUGUUACCCCUGAAUGAGCAGACCGAGGGCUGCCUGACCCAGGAGCUGCAAACCACCCAGGUCUGCAAUCUUACCAGGGAGGCCAAGCGACCGCCCAAAGAAGGUAAGUGCCCAUCAGAGAGGGAGAGAUGGGAGGGAGGGGCGUUUGGAGAUGGCAGUAAGAUGUGA